GGUUGGAUGUGACCUGUCGAUUUGGCGGCAUAUUUCCAAGAAAGAACACAGUACUGCUGUGUUCUGCUCCUGAUAGCGACCUGGAAUAAUUGUUGUUCAUGCCACUUUAGGGAUAUUUUACCGAGCUUGUCUCAUUUUAAACGCUUUUAAGGAUAGUUUUGAAGAUGUUCAUCACGGACAUAAGAAAGGAAUUUUAUGAAGUUGUUGUCAACCAGAGAGUCGCACUCCUGGUGGCACCAGACAUCGACGCUAUUUGUGCCUGUAAGAUAAUACAGGCUCUAUUCCACUGUGACCAGGUCCAAUAUACACUUGUGCCAGUUUCAGGCUGGCAGGAUCUUGGUACUGCCUUUCUUGAACACAAAGAACAGUACCGAUACUUUGUUCUUAUCAACUGUGGGGCAAAUGUUGACCUCCUUGAGAUGCUGCAGCCAGAUGAUGACUCCAUCUUCUUCAUCUGUGACACUCACAGGCCUGUAGAUGUGGUUAAUGUCUACAAUGACACCCAGAUAAAACUGAUAAUCAAGCAGGAUGAUGACCUGGGUGUGCCAUCAUAUGAUGAUAUUUUCCGAGAUGAAGAUGACGACAACGAAGAAGGAAGCGACUCUGGAAAUGAGAGUGAAGGCUCAGAGCCUUCUGGCAAACGGAGGAGAUUUGAUGAAGGGGCAGUUGAGAGGAGAAUUGAGAGACAGCGAGCGAGGAGGGAGUGGGAGGCACGAAGGAGGGAAAUCUUGUUUGACUAUGAGCAGUAUGAAUAUCAUGGGACUUCUGCUGCAAUGAUGUUUUUUGAGCUUGCAUGGGUGUUGACUAAAGAUACCAAGGACAUGCUCUGGUGGGCCAUCAUUGGGCUGACAGACCAGCAGGUUCAUGAUAAAAUCACACAUAUUAAGUAUGUAACAGACAUUGCCACAAUGCAGCGUCACGUCUCUCGACAUAGCCACCGAAAUGAGGAUGAGGAGAACUCUCUCUCCAUUGACUGUAUGAGGAUCUCCUUUGAAUACGACCUGCGUUUAACCCUCUACCAGCACUGGUCUCUGUAUGAAAGCAUCUGUAAUUCAUCUUACACGUCAUGCCACUUCAAGCUUUGGACGUUAAAUGGACAAAAGAAACUCCAGGAGUUUUUAGCUGACAUGGGGCUACCUCUGAAGCAAGUGCGGCAGAAAUUCAACUCCAUGGACAUGUCAAUCAAAGAGAACCUAAGGGAUGUCAUUGAAGAGUCUGCUAAUAAAUAUGGUAUGAAGGACAUCCGUAUCCAGACAUUUGGUGUUCAUUUUGGCUUUAAGAACCGUUUCCUGGCAAGCGACAUGGUGCAUGCUAUUGCUGCCUUGCUGGAAAGCACUGAGAAAGAGGAAAGUGACAGCGACAACUUCAUCAAGGCUCUCGACUCCCUUUCCAGGUGUACACUCGAGCUACUACAUUCGGGCAUCGACUUGGCUAAGAAGAAGCUGAUUGCUGUUCAGCAGACCAUUGCCAGCUGCAUCUGUACCAACCUCAUCUUGUCGCAGGGACCCUUCCUCUACUGCUACCUCAUGGAGGGAACUCCUGACGUGAGGCUCUUUUCUAAGCCUAUGGCCUUGACUCUGCUCUGCAAAUACCUCCUUAAGGCUUUUGUCCAUUCGACUAGGAAUAAACGCUGCAGGCUGCUUCCCCUAAUCAUGGCUGCUCCCAAGGAUGUGGAAAAGGGAACUGUCAUUGUUGUGGGAAUCCCCCCAGAGUCUGAGACAUCUGACAAAAAGAAUUUCUUUGGUCGAGCGUUUGAGAAGGCUGCCGAGAGCACCAGCUCCCGAACUCUUCAUGACCACUUUGACACUUCAAUAAUUGAACUGAAGACUGAGGACAGAAGCAAGUUUCUGGAUGCACUCGUCACUCUCCUGUCAUAAGAACAUUCAGCACUGAAGGGAAUAUGAAUGUGAGUUUAGACAAUCUUAAACAGCACGAGUGCUGCUGCUGUUCACAUCUUUGUUUGAUAUGACUUGUACGGUGUCAUCUGUACAAGAACUUGAUCCACGUUUUUGUUUUUAAAGGUUUAAAUUGGUUUUGUGUGUAUGUUGUCUUCCUGUACAUGUGUGGAGGUUUUAGUUUCUGCUUUUAAAUUCUUGUUUGUGUGUGUGAGCAUCAUGC